UCUUCGAACUCCUUCUCUCCACUCCAGAGAACUUGUCUUUCUCUAAAAAAAGCCGUCUUUUUUCUUGCUUCUUCUCCUUGGCUUCCAAUGGCGACGCUGGAGGACAUCGGUGUCUCGGCCUUCAUCAACAUUGGCUUUACCUUCCUCUUCCUUCUUGGCUUCGCUUUCAUCAGGAUCCAGCCAUGGGCUGAUCGCGUUUACAACACCAAAUGGUACAUCAAGGGCAUGCGCAAGAGCAACAACCGUGGUGGGGUUUUUCAGAGAUUCGUCAAUCUUGAUGCUAGGAGUUAUGUCACCUUCUUGAAUUGGAUGCCAGAGGCCUUGCGGAUGAGCCAAGCUGAUAUCAUCGACCAUGCCGGGCUGGAUUCUGCGGUUUAUCUUAGGAUUUAUAUUCUCGGUAUGAAGAUUUUUGUGCCAGUGACCAUUGCUGCACUGCUGUUUCUUAUUCCGGUCAAUGUAUCUGGUGGAACAUUACUCAGUCUCAAGAAAGAAGUAGUGUUUACUGAUAUUGAUAAGCUUUCAAUCUCCAAUGUCAGUGCUGGUUCCCAAAGGUUCUGGAUUCAUCUGUUAAUGGAGUAUCUGUUCACAUUUUGGGCUUGUUUUAUACUUUACAAAGAAUACAGUAAUGUUGCAUUUAUGAGACUCCAUUUCCUGGCCACGCAACAACGUCGAGCUGAACAGUUCACUGUGGUAGUCAGUAACGUGCCACAUGUUUCUGGGCAUUCAAUAUCAGAGAGUGUGGAUCAGUUUUUUCAAAGGAAUCACCCUGAGCAUUAUCUUGGCCACCAGGCAGUUUACAAUGCAAAUAAAUUUGCGAGACUUAUUAGAAGAAAGGAGCGGCUUCAAAACUGGCUUGACUAUAAUCAUAUCAAAUUUGAAAAACAUCCGGAUAAGAGACCCACUAGAAUGACUGGGUUUCUUGGCCUUUGUGGUGAAAAGGUGGAUGCAAUUGACUUCUAUGCAGAGCAGAUCAGAGUUCUUGAUAAAAGUAUAACAGCUGAACGUCAGAGGGUUCUAAAAGAUUCAAAAGCUAUCAUGCCUGUGGUUUUUGUUACAUUUGAUUCAAGAUGGGCUGCUGCUGUUUGUGCACAGACACAACAAAGCAAGGACCCCACAAAGUGGUUGACUGAUUGGGCACCUGAACCCCGUGAUGUAUACUGGAGGAAUCUAGCCAUACCAUUUGUCUCCCUCAGCAUCCGGAGACUUUUGAUGUCCAUCUCUUUGUUUGCGCUGGUCUUCUUUUAUAUGAUACCUAUUGCUUUUGUGCAAUCACUUGCUAAUCUUGAGGGUUUAGAAAAAGAGGCAUCAUUUCUCAGGCCUGUUAUAGAAAUAAAGGUGAUCAAAUCUUUCUUACAAGGCUUUCUUCCUGGACUAGCCUUAAAAAUCUUCUUGUACAUCCUUCCUACAGUUCUUAUGAUUAUGUCAAAAGUGGAAGGCCACUUGUCAUUAUCGGCACUUGAAAGGAGAACAGCAUCUAAAUAUUACUAUUUUAUGUUAGUGAAUGUGUUCUUGGGAAGCAUAGUGACCGGAACAGCUUUCGAACAGCUUUACUCUUUCCUUCAUCAGUCACCUACACAGAUCCCAAGGACCAUUGGUGUAUCAAUACCCAUGAAAGCUACAUUCUUCAUAACCUUCAUCAUGGUUGAUGGUUGGGCAGGCAUUGCUAGUGAAAUUCUUCGUUUAAAGCCACUGAUUAUAUUCCUGCUCAAAAACACAUUUAUUGUGAAAACAGAAAGAGACAGGGAGAAGGCAAUGGAUCCUGGAAGCAUAAGUAUUCCAGAAACUCUUCCAACUCUCCAAUUAUAUUUUCUUCUUGGACUUGUCUAUGCAGUGGUUACUCCAAUCCUUCUUCCAUUUGUGCUAGUUUUCUUCGCAUUCGCAUAUUUUGUUUACCGGCACCAGAUAAUUAAUGUAUAUGAUCAAGAGUAUGAAAGUGCCGGUGCAUUCUGGCCACAUGUUCAUGGUCGGAUUAUCGGAAGCUUGUUGAUUUCCCAAUUACUGCUUCUUGGCCUACUCAGCACUAAGAAAGCUGCUGAUUCAACUCCUCUGCUUAUCGUCUUGCCUGUCCUGACAAUAUGGUUUCAUAAGUACUGCAAGUCCCGUUUCGAGCCUGCUUUCAGGAAAUACCCUCUAGAGGAAGCAAUGGAAAAGGACAAUAUGGAGAAAGACUCAGAAUCCAAUCUCAACCUCAAAGCCUUCUUGGCUGAUGCAUACUUACAUCCAAUAUUUCAUUCAUUUGAUAAUGAUGUUGUCGAGGCAGCAGACAUCAGAGUCGAUAAAACGCAAUCAUAUGCUGCCUCCCCUGUAAGGAGUGAAAUCACAAGAAGUGAGGCGAGCUCUCCGUCGCCGCCUCAUUAUGUCUAUCACUAUGAUAUCGAGCCUUAAACUCGAUAAAAAAGACACACCUAACCUGCGAAAUUUAGCUACUAAUCUGUCAGUGAAGUUGCUAUCUUUGUGUGCAUGGGGCCUUCAUUCAUUCAUUGCCCAUGAGUUUUAAGUGUUGAGAGUUCUUGUAAAUGUUUUCUUUUGUGGUGUUAGUGUGCAGUUAUGGUUUGGGAUUCUUCUUGUGAAUAAUUUAUAUUGUACUCACUCGAUAGUUUUUAAUGAUCAUAAAUUAUCAA